GGCCGUCGAUGCGCGCGACGCCGGCGACGUCGAGCGCGACGAGAUCGUCGACGACGACGCGCGCGCGGGCGACGAGGACGACGCGAGCGAACGCGCGGGCGCGGGGCGCGCGAGACAUGGGACGCGCGCGCGCGGUGAUGCGGGGACUGGGACGGGCGCGCGCGGUGAUGCGGGGCGCGGUGGGCGCGGGAGGAGGCGCGCGGACGGCGACGAUCGAUGGGACGCGCGCGAACGGGCGAGGAUGGCGCGAGACGGCGGCGAGCGCGAGCGCGAACGCGGUCGCGGGGAUGCGGCGGGACGCGAGAGCGCGAGCGGCGAGCGCGUCGACGGCGGCGUCGGGACGCGAAAGCGGGGACUACGACGCGGGAUCGAUUCAGGUGUUACAGGGGUUAGAGCCCGUUCGCAAGCGGCCGGGAAUGUACAUCGGGAGCACGUCUACGAAAGGUUUGCACCACUUGGUGUGGGAGGUGUUGGAUAACUCCGUGGACGAAGUCCAAGCCGGGCACGCGAGUCACGUCCGAGUGGUCGUGGAAGAAAAUGGAUUCGUCAGCGUCGUGGACGACGGGCGUGGGAUUCCCACGGACGUGCACCCGGUCACGGGGAAGAGCUCGUUGGAGACGGUGCUGACGAUUUUGCACGCCGGUGGUAAGUUUGGCGGCGACAGUAGUGGUUACCACGUAUCCGGCGGUCUUCACGGGGUGGGUAUUUCCGUCGUGAACGCACUCUCCGAACUCGUCGAGGUCACGGUUUGGCGUAAUGGUAACGAGUACAUACAGUCGUUCUCCAGGGGAAUCGCUCUCGGACCGAUGCAAGAGAAGAAGCAAGACGGCUCCGGGCAAAAGAAAGGGACGAUGAUUCGUUUCAAGCCCGACGAUCAGAUCUUUGACAAAGUGAAGUUUGAUCCGACCAUCAUUCGAACGAGAAUGAAGGAAUUGGCCUUCUUGAACAGCGGAACUGAGUUACAUUUGCGGACGUUUGACAAGAAGACGAAGGAGUACGAAGACGAAAAGCUCCUCUUCGCAGAGGGAUUGAAGGAUUACGUGUUAGACCUUACAUCGGAUGCGACGCGUUUGCAUGAACCGAUCACGUUCAGUGGUACCAUGGACGGCGUUCGCGUCGAAGGAGCUCUUUGCUGGACUGCAGAUUCGUACUCUGACACGCUUUUGGGUUACGCGAAUAGUAUCCGAACGACCGAUGGCGGUACGCACCUCGACGGCUUGAAGUAUUCCCUCACGAAAACGCUCAAUGUCGUGAGUCGCAAAGCGAAACUUUUGAAAGACUCCGAUCCUAAUCUCGGUGGUGAUCACAUUCGCGAAGGUUUAUCCGGUGUCAUCGCAGUUUGGGUGCCCGAGCCUGAAUUUGAAGGUCAGACGAAAACACGUUUGGGUAACAGUGAGGUUCGCAGGAUCGUUGAAAAUAUCGCCAACGAUGCCGUGGCCGGUCAUAUGGAGUUUAAUCCGAGUGUUUUGAAGUCUAUUUUCGCAAAGGCUCAGUCAGCCUUCAAGGCUGCCGAAGCCGCGAAGCGUGCGCGAGAGAUGGUUCGCCGAAAGACGGUGCUGACGUCCAACCGCCUACCGGGGAAGCUGUCCGAUUGUUCUUCGUCCGACGCUGAUCAAACCGAAAUCUUCUUAGUCGAAGGUGACUCAGCUGGUGGAAGCUGUAAGCAAGGUCGGGAUCGCGGCUUCCAGGCCGUCUUGCCUCUACGAGGGAAGAUUAUGAACGUUGAGCGCAAACUUGACGCCGCCGCGCUGUACAAGAAUACCGAAAUCACUAAUAUGAUUUCAGCCCUGGGCUUGGGAGGUAUGGGAGAAGAUCUGGACACGACCGCUCUUCGGUACUCCAAGAUCAUCAUCCUCACCGAUGCCGACGUCGACGGUGCGCACAUCCGAACGUUGCUGCUUACGUUCUUGUACCGCUAUCAGCGAGAUUUGUUUGAGAAAGGAUACGUGUACGCCGCCGUCCCACCUCUGUAUAAAGUCGUGGUGGGUAAGAAAGAAACGUACUGCUAUGAUGAAGAUGAUCUUCAAGAAGUUCUCGUUUCUUUACCCGAGGGUGGGGCGAAGCACAUCCAGCGCUUUAAAGGUCUCGGAGAAAUGAUGCCAGAGCAACUCUGGUCGACGACUUUAAACCCGAAGACUCGCGUUUUGAAGCGUUUAACCGUAGACGACGCGUCCGCGGCAAAUCAUAUGUUUUCUACGCUCAUGUCUAAGGAUGUCGAGCCGAGAAGAAAACUCAUCACAGACGAAGGUUCGACGCUAGCGUCGAUCGACAUAUAAUUC